AGAGCGAGAGAGACAGAGCAUGCGUGAGAGCACAGCCCUAUCACACCGAUUAUAGCGAGAAAAGAGGGAGAGGGAGGAAGACAGAUUAAGCAGACUGAACACAACUGUUGUUUUAAUCCUCUGAGCGGAUAGAUUUAGAUGAAAAAACUACUGGUUUGGAGAAGAGCAGCCAUAUUGCAUGGACCGUUCGUGGAAUAACAGGUCUCAUUCGAGCAGGAUCUCAGAGUUUGGAAGAAAUCGUCCAGACUUCAUAACUGCGGGAUCCGCUGACCGACCAGCCUUAACUUUACCUUUACUUAACUGACGGAGUUUUUAUUUAUUACUCGUUUAUUUGAUUUUAAGAGAGUUUACACGAACGAUUGAAAGAUGAAGGACCGAUUGGAUCAACUGAAGGCGACAUGCGAUCAUGAUGAUGAAGAUGUUGAAAUCGCUGUGGACAACGCUGCUUUUAUGGAUGAGUUCUUCUGCCAGAUUGAAGACAUUAGGAACAGCAUCGAUAAGAUCGAUGACAAUGUGGCUGAAGUCAAGAAGGUUUACUCAGUUAUUCUUUCUGCGCCAACGUCAGACCAGAAAACACAGGAUGACUUGGAGGCGAUUACAAACGAUAUCAAGAAAAUGGCGAACAACGCCCGUAACAAACUGAAGACCAUUGAAAGAAAUCUUGAGACUGAAGAGAUGGAGAGAGUAUCAGCUGACAUUAGGAUACGCAAAUCACAGCACGCUGUUCUUUCCAGGAAGUUUGUCGAUGUGAUGACCAAAUACAAUGAAGCUCAGGUGGACUUCAGAGAGAAGAGCAAAGGUCGCAUUCAGAGACAAUUAGAGAUCACUGGAAAAACUACAACUGAUGAGGAACUCGAGGAAAUGCUGGAGGGAGGGAACACAGCAGUUUUCACAGCAGGGAUUGUGGAUUCGGGGAUCUCUAAGCAAGCACUGAGUGAGAUUGAAGCACGUCACAAAGACAUCGUACGUCUAGAGAGCAGUAUAAAAGAAUUGCACGACAUGUUUGUGGACAUCGCAAUGCUGGUGGAGAGCCAGGGCAACAUGGUUGAUAAUAUUGAAGUGAAUGUGGGCAAAGCUGUUGAUCACAUUGAAGUGGCAAAGGAAGAAACCAAGAAAGCAGUCAAGUAUCAGAGCAAGGCCAGGAAGAAAACAAUCAUAAUUGUGAUCGUGGUUGUGACGAUUUUGGCAAUUAUUGCUUUAAUAGUUGGUCUUAGUUUAGGUCUGAAGACUGCAUGAAGAUGAUCAUACUGGGUGUGAUUGGGGUUGUUGUAGUCGUCGUCAUCAUCAUUAUCAUCGUACUCACGCAGGUUCUGUAAGAUAACCUCUCCAUCAUCACAUCUCCUCUGUGGCUACUCACAAACACUCCACUAUUAUUUUCGUACUCCUCACUCUUUGGCAUCCCUCCCUCAUUUUACCUGGAGACAAGAUGCCGGUCAAGACAAACGCUCCGCCCCAUCAGUCUGUAGCCCCUCCCUUCAUCAACACAAGCCAGUGGGAAACUACACACAAAAACUGUAUUUUAUGCCACAACGUGACAGGAAUGUUAAAGGACUUCUUCUACAUUCGAGGACUAAUGAAGGAAACAUGGUAGUAAACAGACAGUUAAAUAAGGGAUUUUUAGAAGGGAAAGGUAACUUCGAUUUCAUGCCUUUACAUUUUUAUUGUUUCCUACACAUCGUUGCAACAUCUACAAGAUGUACUUCUAAGCUGUUUUUGAUCACAAGUGCACAGAGAAAGCUUAUAUUUUGGAACCCUGUGAAAUGAACAAAUUGAUGGGUCAUCCAGAAUGAAGGACACAUCUGAGACUGAUUUCAGAGAAUGAUGUUUUCUUAAUGUGAUUAAACCCUGUAUGUGAAAGAAGAUUUGAAGGAAUAAAUGAAAUUUUAUAUUUUGUAA